AUGAGGUCUGGCUGUGCACUCAAACUCUAUUGUACCUUCCAAAAUGGCUUGUGCUAUGAGUUUCUCCCAGCAUGGCUUUUGGGCCCAAGCAUAUGCUUGAACCCUGGCUCUUCAGGUUUAUUGCCUGGGAAAUGGGAAAAGUCCAUGCCAUCCAUGCCAAUGGCUAUCUGUCCAAACAUGGCCUGUGGCCCAAAAUGUGCAGUUAUUUCACUAUUGUCAAGGAUUUUUUCAACUCCAGCCUUUCCCAGAACAUGCCCAGUGUGGAGGUCCUCAAGCAGGAAAUGGACUGGUUGAAGGAGAUCUUUUCACAGCUGGAUUCUCCCCUAGUAUUAUGCCAUAAUGACCUGCUUUGCAAGAACGUCAUCUAUAUUGAAAAGAAAGGUCAUGCCAGAUUCAUAGACUUUGAAUAUGCUGGGUACAACUACCAAGCCUUUGAUGAUGGCAAGCACUUCAGUGAGUUUGUAGGUGUGAAUGAAGUAGACUAUAGCCUCUACCCAGGGGAGAGUCAACUUCAUUGGCUGACUUACUACCUGCAAGCCCACAAGCAGCUCUGCAAAGAUGAUUGGGGCAGGACAGCUAUGACCCCCAGGAAGGGGGAGAAGCUCUACGUACAAGUUAAUAAGCUUGCUCUGGCCUCUCACUUCUUCUGGGCAUUCUGGGCCGUCAUCCAGAACCAGUUCUCUACCAUUGACUUUGACUUCUUUAGAUAUAUGGUGAUCAGAUUCAACAAAUACUUCAAAGUGAAGCCUCAGGUGUUGUCCUUGGAGAUGCCAAAGUGA